UCCUCGGAAACUGGGCCUGGGGGGCGGUGGGGCCGCGUAUGGAGCCCCCGCCCCCCGGAGCUGCCAACGUCGCUGCCGCGCUACACACAGCUUCUCAGCUCUGAGCUGUCUGCCCUCCAGGUACCCCUGGGAUGGCGUGAGCGCUCCCCCAGCGAUGGACCCUUCUGUGACGCUGUGGCAGUUUCUGCUGCAGCUACUGAGAGAGCAAGGGAACGGCCACAUCAUCUCCUGGACUUCACGGGAUGGUGGUGAGUUCAAGCUGGUGGAUGCAGAGGAGGUGGCCCGGCUGUGGGGGCUACGCAAGAACAAGACCAACAUGAAUUAUGACAAGCUCAGCCGGGCCUUGCGGUACUACUAUGACAAGAAUAUCAUCCGCAAGGUGAGCGGCCAGAAGUUCGUCUACAAAUUUGUGUCCUACCCAGAGGUCGCAGGGUGCUCCACUGAGGAUUGCCCGCCCCAGCCCGAGGUGUCUGUUGCUUCUGCCGUGGCAAAUGUGACCCCUGCUGCUGUACAUGCUGCCCCUGGGGACACUGCCUCCGGAAAGCCAAGCACACCCAAGGGUGCAGGAUUGGCAGGCCCAGGUGGUUUGGCACGCAGCAGCCGGAAUGAGUACAUGCGCUCGGGUCUCUAUUCCACCUUCACUAUCCAGUCCCUGCAGCCACAGCCACAGCCACCCCCUCAUCCUCGGCCUGCCUCGGUGCUCCCCAAUACUGCCCCUGCAGGAGCAGCAGUGCCCCCCUCAGGGAGCAGGAGCACCAGUCCAAACCCUUUGGAGGCCUGCCUGGAGGCUGAGGAGGCCGGCCUGCCUCUGCAGGUCAUCCUGACCCCUCCAGAGGCCCCAAACCUCAAAUCAGAAGAGCUGAAUGUGGAUCCGGGUUUGGGCCGGCCCCUGCCCCCAGAGGUGAAAGUGGACGGGCCUAAGGAAGAGUUGGAAGCUGUAGGGGAGACAGGGCUUCCACUCAGCCCGAGCCUGCUAGGUGGGCCGGGACCCGAACGGACUCCAGGAUCGGGAACUGGCUCGGGUCUGCAGGCGCCGGGGCCGGCGCUGACCAUCCCUGCUACCUACGCAUACAUUGACCCCGGUGCUGCUGACACCCAGCUCGCUGCCCCCCAGCAUUCACUUCUGGAGCACCCUAAGUCCCAUUGCACCCCGUAGCCCGGCCAAGCUCUCCUUCCAGUUUCCGUCCAGUGGCAGCGCCCAGGUGCACAUCCCUUCCAUCAGCAUGGAUGGCCUCUCGACCCCCGUGGUGCUCUCCCCAGGGCCCCAGAAGCCAUGACUGCCGCCACCACCACUCCCUUCUGGGGUCACUCCAUCCAUGCCCCUGAACUUCUCUCCAGCCAGCCAUCUCCAGGAGAAACACAGUUCAACUGACAGACUCAUGUUCUGGUUGUGGUGGGACAGGGAUUCUCGGGAUGAAGAAUCUCUCUCAGUCACCCUUCCACAGAAAAGCCACCACUUCCCUCUUUGUCAGUCCCCCAGUGGCCGUCCUUACACGUCUCCUACUUCAGUGGUAGGGGCGGUUUAUUUAUUUAUUUUUUGAAGGCCACUGGGAGGAGCCUGACUCAACCCAUUUAGGGUGGGUGGUUAGGGCAUCUCUCCCAUCUCCCUACUUUUUCCCCCGCAACAUGAGACAAUCGGGGUUUGGCUUGAGAAGGAUCUUUCUUUAUUUAUUUCUCAGCCUGCCCUUGAGGGAGAUGAGGGAGCCCCGUCUCCAUUUUGGGAUGUGGGUAGAAGAGCUACUUUGUUUUGUUUUAUUAUUCCUGGCCCUGACCCAAGGGCCAAGGAAGAAUUUGUGCCAUUUAGUGGUUUGGGAGUCUUGGCCAAGGAAGAAGCACAUCCUUGGAAUAGGACUUCCCACUUCCCUUUCUCUAGCAGACAGCUUGUUCUUUUUUCAAGCAACUUUUCGGCCAGGGAGGAAUGUCCCUUUUGUUCUUCUCCCCCCUGAGAAGCCAUUCCUUUGUCUGCCAAACUCUCUGGGGUCCUGCCUGUUACCUCCCAAUGGAGGGUUUUUUGGGGGGUGGUCCCCGUCUGGGGGGCCCCUCCAGCCAGUACUCCAGGUCUCCCUGUCUCCCACCCCCUGCCAUUUUGCUAGUAUAAUCUAUUUUUAAAUGGGGCUUUUCAAUAGGGGAGAGAGGGCCAUCUCUUCCUAUAUAUGAUGGGGUGGGUGGGAAGGAAGGGAUUUGGGGGGGGAAUCUUCCUGCCACCCCCAGGGGGUUAUUUUUGAUACCAAACGUGUAUUUUCUGCUCCCUCCCUCCCAGCCCCCCAAUUUCCUGCGGGCGGGUACAAAGGACCCUUUAAGUGUCCCUGGAGUUGGGAGGGAGGAAUGGGGGACAUAAAGCCUGUCCUGUCUCAAUUCCAGACUGGAGAGGGUGGGUUCGAAAGACUCCUGGGCUCACCUUGUAUCAGCACCGGCCCAGCCCAGGCCUGGGGACCCGGCAGUUGGUGAUUUGGGGGACGGUGCUACACUCGUCUCCACUGUUUGUUUUACUUCCCCAAAAUGGACCUUUUUUUCUAAGAGUCCCAGAGAAUGGGGAAUUGUUCCUGUAAAUAUAUAUUUUUAAAGGCGA